AGGAAAUCCCAGCCUGAGACUACAGUCUGCACUUCCUCAUCCUCUUGCUGCUUCGUCGUCGCUAACAACAGUUGUUUACACUUCCUGCAUGUGCUGCGGAGGAAUGAAGUGGUCACAUAGCAUUUGACAAGUUGUAACGUUAGAUAAUUUUAUUCAUCUGCUCGGCCGAGACAAAUGGACCCGACGUCACAGCAAGCGCAGGUGAAGUCGGCGCAGCAACUGUCUCCAACCGCAAGAAGGAGUUUCAGCUUUUCAUCUCUCCGUAUAAAAAAAAACCACAACAGUAAUGAAGAGGGCGGGUUCACGCGACGGAGAGGGUUGCUGUCUUUCUCAUCCGUACGUGAGACAUCAACAAAGGACUCGGUCCGGGAUGAAGACGGUGCGUCACAGCGUUACGGUCCCCAGGACCUGGUGAAGAGCUCAGCCGCGAUCCCGUCCGGACCCGAUGAAGGGGGACAACAAGGAGCCUUCAAGCGCUUCAGUGCCCGGUUCCCCUCCUUCCGCAAAGGCAAGAGAGACAAAGUCAAAGACUGUGAGGCGGCCGAGCCGCCGGGCCCGGGGGUGGCGCCGGGCAACGGCCCGGCGGCGGCGGACAGCGGGUCCAGGCAGCCCCGCUACGCCAGCGGCCAGUACUUCUUCGAGUAUCUGGUGGUGGUCAGCCUCAAGAAGACCAGAGACGGCAGCAGCUACGAGCCCCAGAUCACCUACCAGUUCCCCAAGAGAGAUGGGAUGGCCAAAUUUCAGAAGGAGGAAGAGGAGAAGACACUAAAGGCGCUCACCCUCUUCUGUUUCCCAGAGGGCAUCAGCUGGGCUCCUCUGACAGAAUAUCACAGCGAGACGUUCUCCUUCGUUCUGACGGAGGUCGACGGCAGCAGAAGAAACGGAUACUGCAGGAGGUUACUGCCUAGAGGAAAAGGAGCUCGCCCCCCCGAGGCCUACUGCAUCAUCAGCACCCUGGCUUGUUUCGGCCUCUUCUCCAAGAUAUUGGACGAGGUGGAGAAGCGGCGGCAGAUCUCCAUGGCGAUGAUCUACCCGUUCAUGCAGAAGCUGAGGGAGGCUCCAUUCCCCGCCCCCGGUAACACCGUGGAGAUUAAGAGCUUCAUUCCUGAGUCGGGCACUGAGGUCAGUCAACAAAACGCUCUCCUUCUGCACGGAGAUUUCAGCCCUAAAUUAACCAUUUUUAUUUGUUUGUUUUUUAAGCAACAACUUCCUCUGGUUCCAGCUUCUUCAGUGUUAGACCGCCCUCUCUCUUUUCUCUCUCUUCCUCUCCCCAGCACACUCUCCCAGGUCAUCCAUGCGGUAGCAGCCCUGCUGUACCCCUUCACCUGGCAGCACACCUUGAUCUCCAUCGUUCCGGAGAUCCUGAUCGACGUCGUCAUGGCACCCACGCCCUACCUGCUGGGGGUCCAGAAGCGCCUGCUGGACCAGGUCACCGACCAGAGCGAUCUGCUGUUGGUCGACUUGUCCGAGGAUAAAAAGGAGACGUUUAUUGUUUCAAUUGGUGACGAAAGCUCUAUUCUGCCCCCGAAGCUCCAAACCGAAAUACUAGAGGAGCUGAGUAACAGACAAAAGGUGUUAACGGUGGAGGAGAUGAACCGGGUGGUGUCGGAGGCCUUCCUUCACUUCUUUGUGAAGACGGUCGGCCAUUGCCUCGUGCACACCGCCUGCGUGGUGCACACCGCCUGCGUGGUGCACACCGCCUGCGUGGUGCACACCGCCUGCGUGGUGCACACCGCCUGCGUGGUGCACACCGCCGCCGCCACCGCCGCCCUCGAUCUUCGUGUGAAAUAUUCCUGA